AAGGUGUUCUCAUUUCCUCCCUUCUUUUAUCGGCCUUCUCCUUCUCUUACUCUCUAUUUCUUUCCAGUGGAGUGGCUAGGGUUUUGGAAGUAGCAGCCAUGAGCAAGCAAGGAGGAUCGGAUGAGAAGCAGCAGCCCGCCUUUAACAUGUCUGAUCUCUCUACUGCUCUCUCUGCCGAGGAUAGGGCUGGUCUGGUCACUGCUUUAAAGAGCAAGUUGCAACGCUUGGCUGGGCAGCACUCUGACGUGCUCGAGUCUAUAUCUCCUGUUGUGAGGAAGAGGGUUACUGUUCUUCAAGAAAUACAGAGUGAAUAUGAUGCGUUGGAAGCUAAAUUUUUUGAAGAAAGAGCAGCUCUUGAAGCCAAGUACCAGAAACAAUAUGAACCAUUAUACACAAAGCGUUUUGAAAUUGUAAAUGGUGUCGUGGAAGUUGAUAGUGUGAAAAAUGAUACUACUGAAGAAACUGCUGCUGAUGAUAAUGCGAAAGGUGUCCCCGACUUUUGGCUCACUGCAAUGAAGACCAAUGAAGUUCUUGCUGGAGAGAUCUAUGAGCGCGAUGAAGGGGCACUUAAGUAUUUGAAGGAUAUCAAGUGGUGCAAGAUUGAAGAUCCCAAGGGUUUCAAGCUGGAAUUCUUCUUUGACACAAAUCCAUUCUUCAAGAACUCAGUCUUGACAAAAACAUACCAUGUGGAAGAGGAUGAUGAGCCUCUUCUAGAAAAGGCUAUAGGGACUGAGAUUGAGUGGUAUCCUGGGAAGUGUCUCACACAGAAGGUUCUUAAGAAGAAGCCUAAGAAGGGAGUGAAGAAUGCCAAGCCUAUCACCAAAACUGAACCUUGUGAGAGUUUCUUCAAUUUCUUCAAACCUCCUCAAGUCCCAGAAGAUGAUGCCGAUAUUGAUGAGGACACGGCCGAGGAGCUGCAGAAUCUGAUGGAGCAGGAUUAUGAUAUUGGGACCACGAUUCGAGACAAGAUUAUUCCACAUGCAGUUUCAUGGUUUACCGGGGAGGCUAUUGAUGGAGAGGAGUUUGAAGGGGAGACAGGAGAUGAGGAAGAUGAUGAUGAUGACGACGAAGAUGGUGAUGAUGAUGAGGAUGAGGAAGAUGAUGAUGUGGAGGAUGAGGAUGACGAUGACGAAGAUGAAGAAGAGGAAGGGAAAAGCAAGAAGUCAGGAGUAGUUCGGUUGAAGGUAAGGCUUUUACUCUCUUUCUCUCUCUUCCCUCCUUCUAGAAUGCAAUUUACUGACAUCAGGUUUCUAUUUUUUGGAGUUCAGAAAGCCGGGUCCAGGCAGAAUGGUGAUCAGGGAGAUCGACCAGCUGAAUGCAAGCAACAGUAGCAUGUGGCGUGAAGAAUUAAGGAGAUGAAGUGACGAAAUUUCUUGGUUUUUUGAGCCUGAGGUUUUUGGGAAUUACUUUCUGUUUUGUUUUCUUUUCUGUUUUCCUAGUGUUAACGAGAAGGGGUUGCUCUGGUAAUUGGGUAUAUGUACCCGAAUGCUGCGGUUGAGAUGAAGAGCUCUAUGGUAAUCUUGGAGACUGCCAUAGGGGCAAUGGGUUUUGUCCGCCUGAGGUGGAUUGAUGAGUUUCUUGUACUUUCUUGUGUUUUGGGACGAUCUGAAUUUCUUUUUGUUUCAUAUUCAUGAUUUUUUCUUUGUUUCCAUUGAUUUUUUUAGACAAUGGCCUGGCCCUAUAUUUACUUCAUAUUGUAUUUGUGAUGCCCUUAUCAUAAAUAUAAAGAUGGUAUGCAUCGUUCAUUCAUCAAUUC